UCUGCAAUAGUCGUGGAGUGAAGUUGUUUUCCUUCGAAGUUCGUAACAAUGUCUGAUCAAACCCGAGGACGCCGGCGUCUGAGUGGGCAUGGCGACGAUCCGUGCUCAUCUAGUGAGCAAGGACCGCGUCCGAAAGUAUUUAAAGCUAGCGGAUCAAGUACUGCUAUUACUACCGUUGGUAGCGCACCAACCGCCAGUGGAAGGCCCAGCGGAUCAAGUACUGCUAUUACUACCGUUGGUAGCGCACCAACCGGCAGUGGAAGGCCCAGUCGUUACGACCUCAGAUAUGAAAUAAUAAACACGCGACCAUCUGACGUCGUAACAAAGCAGGGAACCGAUGGAAUGCAGAUUCGCCUGCAGACAAACUUCUUUCGAUUAAUAACAACACCUAAAUGGCGGAUUUAUCACUAUCAUGUUGAGUUCGAGCCCGAUAUUGAGAUGGUUCGGGUUCGCCGUGGCAUUUUGUCGGAUCAUUCAAAUGUGCUGGGAUCGGCAUUCAUAUUUGAUGGCAAACAGUUAUUUACGACUAAAAAGUUGGAAAAAGACCUUACUCGUCUACAGGGAACUUCAAAAACCGAAAUAAACUAUACUAUUACUAUUAAAUACGUGGGAACUAUUUCAACCGCGGAAUCUCGCUUUCUUCAAGUAUUAAACCUUAUUUUACGUCGCUCUAUGAAAGGUCUAAAGCUUGAAUUGAUUGGACGCAAUCUUUUCGAUCCGAAUGCAAAGAUUAUGCUACGGGAACACCACAUGGAGCUAUGGCCAGGCUAUGAGACUUCUAUACGGCAGCAUGAAAGGGAUAUUCUUCUUUGCACCGAAAUAACCCACAAGGUUAUGCGAACUGAAACAGUUUAUGAUAUUCUUAUGCGUUGCAUCAACAACCCGGCACGCCUCCAAGAGGAUUUCCGCACUAACGUUCUCGGUUUGGUCGUACUUACCGACUACAACAACAGGACCUAUCGCAUCAACGAUGUAGACUUUGGUCAAACGCCACGGUCCACAUUCAGCUGCAAGGGAAAGGAUGUCAGUUUCGUGGACUAUUAUCUUUCGAAAUACAAUAUUCGCAUUCGUGAUCAAAAGCAGCCCCUCUUGAUUUCAAAAAAUAAAGACAAAGCCCAAAACACGCAGAAAGAUGAAAUGGUAAUUUUAAUACCAGAGCUUUGUCGUGUUACGGGCCUUACCGACAACAUGCGUAACGACUUUGGUCUCAUGCGCGCUAUGUCGAAUCACACACGGAUGAACCCACAGAGACGUAUCGAGCGACUACAUACCUUUAAUCGUCGACUACAAAAUACGCCAGAAAGUGUGAAAGUGUUGACUGAUUGGGACAUGAGACUGGAAGAACAACUAAUUAAGCUGAACGGUCGUGUUAUUUCACCUCAGAAAAUCGUUUUCAAAGCAAACAAGGUUUCGGCGGGAAAUGGAGCGGACUGGACACGGGAGUUUCGUGCUGCGACCAUGCUAACAACACCACGUAAUGGGUUGAGCCGUUGGGCAGUAAUUGCACCCGAACGGAAUUCACGCGAGCUGAGAACCUUGCUUGAGAGUCUGAUGCGUGUGGGCAGGGGUAUGGGAUUUAACAUCAGUAACCCCACAGAGUUAAAGAUUAGAGAUGAUCGUACCGGCACGUAUGUGCGAGCAAUGGAUGAUUGCGCGCGUCUAGAUCCGAUGCUGGUUCUGUGCUUAGUGCCCAAUAAUAAUGUAGAACGAUAUUCCUCGAUCAAGAAGCGAGGCUGUAUAGACAAAGCUAUUCCUACACAAGUAGUGACCAUUCGAGUGGCCAACAAUCGGGGUCUAAUGAGUAUAGCUACUAAAAUUGCCAUACAGAUAAACUGCAAGCUCGGUUACACACCUUGGAUGAUCGAACUGCCGCUUUCGGGACUUAUGACCGUUGGCUUUGACAUAGCAAAAUGUUCGCGUGAUCGCUCCAAAGCAUAUGGCGGUCUCGUCGCCUCUAUGGAUCUAAAGGAGAAUUCCACCUUUUUUAGCACCGUUGCCGAAUGCAGUGCCUACGAUGUGCUAGCAAAUAAUUUAUGGCUAAUGCUUGCCAAGGCACUGCGUCGGUAUCGCUAUGAGCACAACAAACUUCCCACUCGAAUUUUGUUUUAUCGUGACGGCGUGAGUUCAGGGUCUUUGAAGCAACUCGUGGAAUACGAAGUGAAAGAUAUUGCCGAGAAGCUAAAGCAGGAGUAUCAAAAAGCUGGGGAAAACACACAACCGAUGCUGGCAUAUAUCGUGGUUACAAAAUCUUCGAAUACUCGGUUUUUUACCGAUUCCUAUCAAAAUCCGCCGGCUGGAACUAUUGUUGACGACGUUGUUACUCAGCCGGAACGCUUCGAUUUUUAUGUGGUAUCGCAGACAGUACGCCAAGGCACAGUUUCGCCCACCAACUACAACGUAGUGUAUAGCACAAUUGGACUAUCCCCAGAUCAGAUCCAGAAGCUAACAUAUAAGAUGUGCCAUCUUUACUAUAACUGGUCGGGAACUACUCGCGUUCCGGCUGUCUGCCAAUAUGCAAAGAAAUUGGCUACUCUUGUCGCCACUAAUUUACAUGCAAUUCCUGAGAGUGCGUUGGAAAAACAAUUGUAUUAUCUAUAAGUUAUAUAAGAAUCUACCCAUCAAUUUCACAGCCAUUCUACCUGCUUAUCUCAAAAAGUAGUGUACUUUUCCAGAAUGUUUGUCUUUAAAAUGACAUAUAAAGAUGUCAGUUAGUCUUAUAUAAGUUUUGAAAGUGAACAAAAUUGCUUCAGUUAAGGGAACUUCACUAAACAGUGAAAUAUUUAAGCUUAUUUUAAGUUCUGGAGAACUUGCACAUUUUCAUUUACAUAACAAAAAUGUAAUUUCUUACUUAAAUAAACGUCGCUUUUCAUUUUA